AGUACUUAUCAUUAUGUUCAUAGAGUAAGUAAUAUACUACGUAAGAAUUAUGUUAGUCUCGAUUAACAUCGAUAUUCGGUACUUGAUUGUGUUCUAAUUUUUCAUAUAUAUUAUAAUUCGUUUUGGUUAUGAUUAAUGAUACUCAACUAGGCAACACUAGUGGCUAUCAACUGUCAAAAUAAUUUUGUAAACCGUAUUUAAAUAUUGAAUUGAAUUGAAUUGAAUUGUAUUUAAAUGUGAUAACUCUGGUGUUAACGUGAUGUAAAAUCUAUUAACCGUUAAUAACUAAAAAAACAACAGCAAACCAUCACAAUGCCCCGUGUGAAAAUAGACUAUGUCGUCAGUUUCAGCAGCGAGGAUCCUGAGAACCCUGCCAGCAACCUGUUGGCUCGGGAGGUGAGCAAGAAGAAGUGGUUGUGUAAGACGGGCGAGUCCUCUGCCUCUGUGGUGCUGCAGCUCGCUAAAGCUGUCAAAAUUUCAGCAGUCCACAUUGGAGCAUACAAUGCAGCAACUGUUGAAGUGCUAGUAGGACGCUCAGAGAAACCAGAUGAACCAUUCCAGGUGCUGUUGCCGAGCAGCGUGUUCGUGAGCGCGGGCGAGGCGCGGCGCGGCGCGGCGGAGCGUGGCGCGGCGGAGCGCGUGCGCUCGUUCGGCGCCGCGCAGCUCGCCGCGCACGCCGCGCAGCGCUGGGACCGCCUGCGCCUCGUCUGCACACAGCCAUAUAACAAACACUGCCAGUAUGGCAUAUCUUUCAUCCAUUUGGACGAGCCUGAAGACUCUAACGACGUGGUUUCGAGUGUGACAUCAGCAGUGCCUCCGCGCCUCUUUGUCGUGGACUCCACACCGGGUUCCUCGGACGAGGAGGAGUUCCGACCCGGGGAACUGUUCGCCAAACAUGUGCAGCACGCCAGCACCAAACAUACCAACACAGAAACUCAAAUAAGACAAGCGUCGUCGCAAGCGUUGAAGCACUUGUCAGACAGCGCGUCGCGCCUCACCAAGACGCCGAUCUCGAAGCAGGCGGCGAGCCCGCCCGCGCCCGCGCACGCGCACCGCGACCGCCUGCUGCACACACACAAGCAACGCAAGGACGAACGAAACAAACUAAAUCUAGACCCCACUAAACAAAUGGCCGAUAAGAACAAAGACAAGACAGAAACGAGUACGAAAGCGAAGGACGGCAAUAAACGGGACGAGAACGGUCGAAGCUCGAGCGACGAGCCGCCGAAGGACAGCACCGCCCUUCACAAACGGAGAGAUAGCAACAGCCGCGACACCGCGCGUGACACUGACAGCGCACACAACUCGACCAACAAGCGGGACAGUGUCGGUCACAAACGCGACAACGCCGCUGUCAGAGGCGGCACCGACACGCACUCGCACCCUCGCUCGAGGCAUGACAAGCGUGACGACACUCGCGGGAAAAGACCACGAGAAACUAAAGACCGCGCGCCAACAGAUGAUGACGAGCGCGUGGGUCCGCGCUGCGCCCAGCCCCUGCGCGGCGUGGUGUUCGCGCUGAGCGGGUACGAGAACCCCGAGCGCGGCGCGCUGCGCGACACGGCCGUGCGCCUCGGCGCACGCUACGAGCGCCACUGGACGCCGCGCUGCACGCACCUCGUAUGCGCGUUCCCGAACACGCCGAAGCUGAAGCAGUUGCGCGCGGAGGCGGGCGGCGCGGCGCCGGCGGUGCGCGGCGCGUGGCUGCGGCAGUGCGCGGCGCGCGCGCGGCGGCUGCCGUGGCGCUGGUUCGCCACCGAGCCGCAGCACCGCCGCGCGCCGCCCGACCUCUCCGCGCUCUCCACCCUCUCCGGCGACUCCGACCUCUCCAGCGAAUGUGAUACGGAUGACGAGAUCCAAGACGUACUCCAAAAUCAAAAGAAACAGCGGCGCCACUCGCCUGAGCAGACUCUACCUGAUACCGCCGCCACCGACAACGGCCGCGCCGAUGAUGACGACACCGACGCGGACGCAGUUCUGAACGACUCUGACGUCAUGUUCGUGAAGGACGAACGUUACCGCGGACAAGUGACUGUUGAGGACUCGGACAGUGAAGAAACCGUCUGUGACGAGGAACCAAAAUCUAAGAAAGAAGAGAUAGAUGAAAACAAAUCCUUGCCGAACUUCUUCGACGGAUACACAUUCGCGAUCGACGCCCGCGAGUCCCGCGGCGACGACGCCGACCUCGUGCGCAGAUACGUGCGCGCCUACGGGGGAGUCGUCGUGGACGGAGAGGCGGACUACGUGGUGUGUGUGUCGGGGCGGACGGAGAUGGGUAGUGUGGGUCGUUUGGGCGGGCGUGUAGUGUCGCCGUCCUGGGUGUGGGCCUGCCACCGAUGCCGCUCGCUGCUGCCGCCCAACUGAUCCAUAAAUAAAACAAUUGCAAACAAUU